CAGUAACAAAUCUACUAAAAAUAUAACAGAAUUGUUACUGACUGUAACAUAAAUAUGCAUAAGUUUUAUCGUUAAUGUUCCCAUCAUAUGACAAAACGCAUGCCCCUCUCACGAUUCGCUACACAAAUUACGUAUUAGUGACGCCUCUCACACACGAUGGCAUCGCGUAACCUGAACCGUUCAUUCCCCCGCAUCCGCAAAUACCUGCUUUUACUGUGCAAACUCCCGCAAUCUACAUGUCAUUGAUGACGUUGUUUUCAUUUACGAUACGUCCAAUCCAAUCAUUCACUCACGGCUUGAAACGCCUCAGGCAGAUGCGGCGUAAGCUCUCGCCUCUCUUUUUAUAAGCUCUCCGCCCCAGCUUCUGCUUCUUAGCUUCUUCAUCGCUUCGAACUUGAAGAUCUUCAAUUGAAUAGCUUCGCAGAUUGUCAACAUGGAGGCUUACAAGACUCAUGGAGGGGUUGCUCCCAUUCCCACCGUCGUUCCUGAACCGACUCACUACCAAACAAUCGGCCACAAUGGCGUCCGUGCCUUAUGGGUUCUCUUCAUCGCUAUGACAGUCGUGUCCGCCAUCUUCGCCCUCUUGUCAUGGAACGUCGCCGUUCAGCGUCGCAUCUUUUAUUUCCUCACAACCCUCACCACCAUCAUCUCUGCCCUCGCCUACUUCGCCAUGGCAUCUGGUCAGACAUCGUACUUUAACUGUACCACCGUGAGAGAUCAUCACAAGCAUGUUCCUGACACGCACCAUGAUGUCUGCCGUCAGGUAUUCUGGGCGCGAUAUGUUGACUGGACGCUCUCGACGCCGCUGCUUGUCGUGGAGCUUUGUCUCCUCGCCGGUGUUGAUGGUGCGCAUACCAUCUUUGCGGUCAUUGCUAAUGUGAUCUUUGUCCUCGCGGGUGCCUUCUCCGCCGUUGGACAUGCGAACACUGCGCAGAAGUGGGGAUGGUAUGCUAUCAGCGUUAUUGCCUUUGUCUUCACCAUCUGGCACGUCGCUGUUCCCGGCUCCCGAACCUCCCGUGCCCGCGGUACCAAGAUCGCCCGCCUCUUUGGCUCCAUCGCCGUGGCUUCUCUGAUCCUCUGGCUCGCCUACCUUGUUGUCUGGGGUGCUGCCGGUGGCGCUUGGAAGGUCAAGGUCGGCACCGAGGUCGUCAUCUACGCUGUCCUCGACGUCCUCACCAAGGCUGUUCUCGGCCUCUGGAUCAUCACUGCUACGCGACAGAACCGCGACACAACUCCCGACAUUGGAGGCUACUGGACCAACGGCGCUGGUGCUGAGGGCACCAUUCGCGUUGGCGAUGACGAGGAUGGAGCUUAAUUGCGCCUCCAAAAAAGCCAAUCGAGUCCACGGAACAAUUCCGCAUUGGACGCAUCCACUUUACAAACUUUCCGCUCACGAUUUGACGAGUGGGUUUUGAAGCCCGAGCCAGCCGAUAUGGAAUGAUCAAGAUUGUAUGUUUUGGAAUGAGCUGGGUAAAAAUGCACGCAACGCACAUGUUCGAUUGAAGGGAAAUUGGGCGUUUGGGGCGUCACUACGAGUCAUGUACCUUAUGAUUCAAGUAGCUUUAAUGUGAUGGGACACGAAUACGACAUACCCCUCUUGACUGUGA